CCCAAGUCUGAACCUUAUCAUUUAUCAAGCAGAGCACGACACAAACACAUUGUCUCUCCAUUCCUCUCCGCUAUCGUCUCCUGAUCUCUAAUGGCGACACUGCCUUUGUCCUUCUCCCAUAAAACCCUAACCCUUCAUUCUCACCCUAAAACCUCAGUCUUCAGCACUGUGACCAGUCUUCGAUUCGGAUGGAGGAUUCCGCAUUCGAAUACAACCCGUGCCCGUGCCCGGACGCUGAUUCGGGCGGCCGUCGAUGGGGAUUAUUCGGCGAAGAGGAGCGGUAGCGGUGAACAGAGGGAGACUAUUAUGCUUCCUGGUUGUGACUACAACCAUUGGCUGAUUGUGAUGGAGUUCCCUAAGGACCCUGCUCCUACUAGGGAACAGAUGAUUGACACAUACCUCAAUACUCUCGCCACUGUUCUCGGCAGCAUGGAAGAAGCUAAGAAGAACAUGUAUGCAUUUAGUACCACCACUUACACUGGGUUUCAGUGCACUGUUGAUGAAGCAACAUCUGAGAAAUUUAAGGGUUUGCCUGGGGUUCUUUGGGUGUUGCCAGACUCCUACAUAGAUGUUAAAAAUAAGGACUAUGGAGGGGACAAGUAUAUAAAUGGUGAGAUCAUUCCAUGCAAGUACCCUACUUAUCAACCAAAACGUAGUGGAUCAAGAAGUGAGAGUAGAAGGUAUGAGAGAAGGAGAGAUGGCCCACCACCAGAACGCAGAAGACCAAGGCAAGAGGCAGCUAGCUCAGAAUGAGACUCUAAGCGCUCUACACGAGGUCAACAAUUUUGUUAAAAUGGUAAACCCAAAUGAAAUUUGCUGAGAGUGGGCUUUUAUCAUACAUCUUUCCUGCAUCACGUGCCGCUCAUAUGCAUAACUAUGUUGGGAGUCCCUUGAGAUGCCUUGUGUUCUUUCAAGCUUUGUGAGUAGCUUCAGGAGUUAUCUUGACAGAUUUGGUUUUAGACAGUGUGAUAUGAAUGGGGCAUGUUCAGUUAGUAUCUGUCAGAAUAUGAAAUUCAUUAUCACCAGCCAAUUUGUGUAAGAACUAAAAGUGUAUUAUAUCCAGCUUUAUGGGUGUUUUAAGAA